UCAUUUUACUCUAUACGAGUUUACAUAUGUACAUACAAACAUAUGUAUCUCAGUUAGCCUUUUAUGAAGAAGUCUCAUCAGUUUCGCUUCAUUCUCUCAUUCUAUGUACAAAUCUGUGUAUCUCUUUACUCUAUCGCCGUUUCAUCGGCCGCUCACCUUACACCGGCAGGCAAAUCGCAAUGCCCUUAUCCCGGCGAUCCAUCAAAUGGUUUAAUAGCGCCGCUCAAAUUCAAUUACGAUUCCGGCGAUUACCUGAGUGUCCAGUGUCGGCCUGGUUUUGUGCAGUACAGCGAGAAUGGUCCGCCGGAGCGUCCAAAAUGUCAACCGGAUGGAAAUUGGUCCGGACCGGUACCUAAGUGCCGCAGCUAUGAGGAAGUGUAGCUAAUCAAAAUGGCGGACAUGAUGAUGCCGGAGUCAUCUGACGAGUCCACACAACUGCAGCAACACCAAAACAGCAUGCUUCGUUAUUAGCAACAGAACACAAGCUUAAAGGCCUUCAAGUAGAGGGUAAGAGGCAGAAACGUAGCAUCAAACUUAUGAAUAUGUAUGGCCAUAAUCAACGAAGCUGCAUAAAUAGUAGACAAAAAUUUAUGGAGACCCAAACAGCAGCACAUACACGCACACACAUCGUAUCAUGUAUGGUAUAGUGUACCUUGGGGUAAACGGUUGGGACAAAUACGAUGCUCACACACACGCACACAUAAUAUACACGUAUGGUCCACAAACAUCUAUUUGAAAUCCACAAAUUACUCUGCAGGAAAUGAACUACUUCGAAAUUGUUUAAGCAUUGGCUUUUUGAGAAAAAUUACUUUGAUAUAAAUUAAAUAGUUUCACCUUCUUCUAUAUUUAUAAUAAUAAACCUAAAGUAAAAUUCCAAUACGCUCGUUUUAUGGGCAUGUGUUUAUGUGUAAUUCGCAAUAUUGCUACACUAGAGUGUUGUAAAAUUCAACUGAAGGGUAAUAAAUGUAAAAUCACAGAAGUUAUCCGCUAAAUUCUUUAGUGUUUUCAAAAAUGUGCAUUGAGUGAAAUUUUAACAAGUUCUUGAUGUGUUUAUAAAAUAAUGACUUACAUUCGAAAUAUUAUAUUGCUAUUUUGUAUUUUAAAACUUCAAAAGAUCGCUUCUCUAAAUUUCUAUAUUUUGUGGUUGAUAUUUAAUGGGAGCAUAAAUCAAAUACGGAUGGUAAUGAAUUGAAAUAAAUCGAGAGCACAAAUUUUGCUAUAAAAAUUGUAUUCUAAAAUUAUUAUUAGCUGUAAUUGCAAACUGAAGUUCUUGUUAAAACAUUUCCUGCAGGGUACGAAUUUCAAUCGAAAUAGGUACACAAUUAGUGAACUGUAUAAGUUUUAAUUACAAACCAACAUACUACAACAAUUAUGUAUACAGCUAUGUAAUAUAAUAUUGUUUGUUGCGAAUGAUAAAUAUACAGCACAAAAUAUUUAUAAAUCUUCAGUGAGCGCGUUAACUGAUAAAAAAAAUUAAAAUUUUAAAAUGUAUCUGUGUAUUUGUAAAAAAGCUAGGCGUUUAGUGCAGAGUUAUAUAAUUUGGAGGAAAUGUUAAUUCUUGCAAAGAAACAAUUUUUUGCUCUAGUGUAUUAAAGAGUAUUUACUAGGAUAAGCGUUGUUAAAAUUUAAAGUAAAAAUUAUUAAAAACUUAUAUUUAAAAACGGGUAAUUGCUGAUAUAUUUACAACACCUUAAAUCGUAUGAAAUCAGAAAAAGUUAAAUAUAUGUACGUAUAUUAAUUUGGAAUAUAGUAUCCGUAUAUUGUGCAACAUUUGUGCUUUUCAUUAUUGGCCUACAAGGUGCUCAUAAAAAUACAUAUUCUGUCUCUUAAUAUAUUGUAUAAUAAAUCUAAAUUGCAAAGAGAACUUCCAAUUAAUGAAACUCCAAUAAAAUGAAGCGAAAAAAUAAGCUUUAAUGCUCUAGUGAACUAGUUCGACUGAAGAUAUCAUUUCUAAUUCAAUAAAUAAUAAUUAUCAGUAGCAAUACCACUGAGUUCACGUGUUUAGGUUAACUCUCAACAGUAAAAUAUUACAAAAGUGAUUUACGAAAACUUGAAAUGAAUUACGAGCAAAACCCAAACGAAACUGCAAAUAUUCAAUUUAUAAUUUAAUUAAUUUAAUAAUGAAUAAGAGUAUUGUUGCAAUAAGCAGUUAGUAGGCUUAUGCGUACAUAUAAAUAUAGCAGUCAUAUAUAUCACAUAUGUAUGUAUGCACAUAUGAAACUUCCAAAUACUGCUUUUGAGUGCUACAAGUUGACCGCAAACUCAUAUUUCAGCUACUUAAAUUUAAAUCUGCACGAAUUAGUAAGUUUUCCUUUCUCUCGAACACUAAACGAUUAUAUUAUAUAAAUAAAUAUCUACUUAUAUACACAUAUAUAUACAUAUAUAUAUAUAUAUAUAUAAGAUAUAACAGUUAAAUUGUCCAAAUAAAAAUGAUAUAUUGUACUGUAAAAUACACAUUUAAGCUUAUUUAUGUAUGUAUGUAAGUUAUGCGAAAACGACGGAGAAUUGAAAAAGUAUGUGAUCAUUUAAAGGCAAAAGUAUUUAAAAAGUAAUAACAAUGUAUUGUAAUAGAAAGUUAAAAUGAAUUAUAGCGAAACGAAUACAUAUUGAAAAUAAAGUGCAUAUCUGAGGGAAGUGAAAGGAGAA